AUGAUCCAGGCUAGAUUCCUGGCUAGGAGUACAGUCACUUUCACUGCAAAUGCUGGGGUAGAGGCGGUGCGCGAUCCCAGCAGCACUCGACGCCCUCGAAAAUUUUACGCAUUCGAGUAUGAAAAGCGACAAAUUAAACAUGUAUUUGCUGAGCUCAAGAACUUGCGCUACGUCGACCUAUCCAACAACAACAUCGUGCAUAUCCUGCCACAAGCUUUCACGAGUCUUCCUCUAAUUGACACGUUGCUUUUGCAUCACAAUGAAAUCGAACGAAUCGACAAAUCAGCCUUCCACCGUGUUGCCAGGAUUGAGACAUUAGAUCUGAGUCACAACUUUCUCAAGAACUUCACAUGUGAACAACUUGGUUCUGUCCAGACGAUAUUCAAUCUCAAUCUCGCUCAUAAUCGGAUCUCACAGUAA